GUCCCCUGACGCAAGCUUAUUGAAUAUUUCGAAAUUUACGACGAUUACAAGUUCCCGAGUCCCAAAGCUUCGGCAAAUUGACCAAUUGCGCCCAUCUCUUCGCCGAUAAGCCUCCUAUUUCGUGUACGCCUGUUGCGACGACCUCUAUGUAGUAGGACCACCGUCCUCUUCUCUACAUCUCCCUCUUUUCCACCUAGAUCCGACCGAUUCAAAAUGCCUACAAUGUGGUUAUCAGAUACCCAAAAGAUUGGGGUUGCUUUCUGCUCUGGCGGAGGCUUCUUCCUAAUCGGAGGUGUUAUGCUAUUCUUUGAUCGAGCUAUGCUUGCGAUGGGCAAUAUCCUUUUCCUGAUCGGACUCACGAUAAUUAUUGGCCCGCAAAAAACGCUUCUCUUUUUCGCACGGAAGCAGAAGGCUAAGGGAACUGCUGCUUUCUUCCUCGGACUCCUACUAAUCUUGAUGCGGUGGCCUCUAAUCGGCUUUUGCGUCGAGUUGUACGGUAUUAUGGUUUUGUUUGGCGACUUCCUCGGCACAAUAGCGAGUUUCGCUCGUAACGCACCCGUUGUUGGACCCUAUAUCGGCAUGUUGAUCGAUCGUAUACCUGGUUUUGGCGGGCGGCGAAACGCCGAGUUACCCGUAUAGACCGAACGACCACAAGUAUGGAUUAUUCUAUAGCUGUAGCUAGCUACAUAACCCGCCCGCCUACCCCUUUUACACUACCUGAAAUGGUUAUUCACGAGGCCGAGCCGCGAUGCCUUUAUGUCACACAGCUUCAACGCGGAAACGUUAAUGAGGAAGUAGGAUAGGUCUGUAUGAUAUUGUAUAUGACGGU